AUGCCGGAAUAUCUUAGAGGGAGUGCCUUCAAUAAAAUCGCUAAUGUUGAGUUCGAAUUCGAUGAUGAGGUUGGAUAUAACCUACUAUUUUUCUACAACGCACUUGACAAAGGUGAAUUUGCUGGACAUGAAAAUGAGUAUGAUGAUGAUAAAUUGAAUUACAUUCUCGAAACUAUGUCUGGUGCUGUUCAAGUCCCGGUUGAUCAGACACGUCUGCCAUGUAAUCCACCAGCAAAGAUGGUGAUUGUUCAGCGUACUGACAAUGGAAACGACUACAAG